AUGGUACAAACAAGAGCACAACAACAAGCAAUUUUUACAGAAGAAACACAAAGGUUAGGUGAUAUUCAAAUCGAACAAACAAACAACAAUCAAGCACAAAACGCAAGUUUAAUUAGUUAUCGUCCAUCACAAUUCAUUAUGGCAAAUAAAAUCGUCCAAACACUGCUCGCAAAAAAGUUAGAAGAAGCACCCAAAUUUGAAGGAAAAUCUGACGAAAAUGUGUUGAAAUGGUUGAAAAAUAUUGGAAAUGCAUUUAAACUGGCGAAACUAGACGAUUCAACAAACUUAGCACUGAUAGCAAAUUAUUUAGGUGGCGAAGCCGAAAUAGCAAAAACAUAUUCGUCACCAGCAGCGCAACAAUUGGCAGCACAACAACUGCAAAAUCGCAAACAAGGUUUACAGGAAUCAGUGAUGCAUUAUUAUAAUGACAUUCAUGAGUUAUGUGAAGCAAUGGACAAUCAAAUGACAGAUCAAUCCAAACUAAUCUAUUUAUCACAAGGAUUAAAGUUAUCAUUACACAAAGAGGUUGCACAAAAAGAAGAACGUUUAGACCAGUCGUAUACACACGCUAUGCAGUUACUCGAAUCAUCAGACAACAAUGCUCCUAGAGCACCAACAUUUAUUAAUCCUCCCCAGUAUCAACAGCAAGAUCCACUCGAUCGUAAUUAUUAUACAAUGACCAACCAACAGCAAUACAGACCAUCUGGUAGUUAUUACCGUCCACAACAACAAUAA